CUGAACUUGUAAACAUGAGUGGAAGAGGCAAAGGAGGAAAGGGACUCGGUAAAGGAGGCGCCAAGCGUCACCGUAAAGUCCUCCGUGAUAACAUCCAGGGAAUCACCAAGCCCGCCAUCCGCCGUCUGGCUCGCCGUGGCGGAGUGAAGCGUAUCUCCGGUCUCAUCUACGAGGAGACCCGCGGUGUGCUCAAGGUGUUCCUGGAGAACGUGAUCCGUGACGCCGUCACCUACACCGAGCACGCCAAGAGAAAGACAGUGACCGCCAUGGAUGUGGUUUAUGCUCUGAAGAGACAGGGCCGCACUCUGUACGGCUUCGGAGGCUAAACUCUUCAGUGUCCACAUCAACGACAACAACAUCAUCAACAUCAACCACAACAACGGCUCUUUUAAGAGCCACACACUGAAUCAAUAGACUGAAAUUAUCCUACACUGUUUAACACGCACUCUGUACGGCUUCGGAGGUUAAAGUCUUCAGAGUCAACA